CUGCAACAGCUGGUAUUCGCUUGUUUUGUUUUCCUAUCUUUUUACGAUUAAUUUGUCACUUUUACGAUUUGGGAAUGUCGCCUCCAGCUAAGAAGCCAACCGCACGCAAGACUGCAUCCCGUACACCGCGCCCGAGUCGAGCAACAGCGGGUUUGAGUUUUGGUUAUUCUCCGGACAGCGAUGAAGCUCGUUCUUCAUCGCGUGUCACUCGAUCUCGAGUUUCCCGCCGUACUGCUGCUCAACCAGUAUUUGCCGCGCAAUCCCCAGGACCGUCGGGAAAUGUAAGUGCAACAGUGAAUCAACAGCCUUCAGCCAGUCGGGCAGAUGCGAUAGUCGAUGCUUUACAGCGCCGAUAUGAUAAGCAACGGCGACGAACGAUUUUGCGACGCAAUGCUGCUGUGGUUCGCCGCCGUGCCCGUCGGGGAUCAUUCCCUACCAGUCCUGACGUUGAGAUUCGUCAGCCGUCACCAAAGAAAUUGCAGACGCAGGCGGAAAGACAGUUGGGUACUCCAGACCUGACUGAAGAAGAGCCAUCGUCUUCCGAGACUCCGUCUGUAAAAGCAAAGCGAGACGAGGAACAUUUGCGCAAAGGCGGAAUUCUUUAUGUGCCGUAUAACCCGGAUGCACCGCGGCCGGUCUUCAAGACCAAGCAGACAGCUCGCAAACGAGCGCAUUCCGGAGUGUUUCCAAGAAUGGCUAUUGCGGAUAAGCAGGAAAUCGCCAAGCGUCAGAAGGCGGAUGCAGUUGCGCGUCAAGCGGUUGCUGAUGCGGGUGCUGUGGAAAAUGCUGAACCGCAGCCAUCCACUUCUGCUGGACCGUAUUAUUUUCGUACUCGUGGGCAAAAGCGCAAGUACAGGGAGGUCUCGCCGUCCUCGUCUUCUGCGCCAAGUGAAGUUUCCGUUUCGGAUGAUGGUGAAGAUCGUGAGGAUCCUUCGGCUGUGUUAUCCCCUGAGCAGAAUGCUGAUGUCGAAGCUGACGGGAAUGCAGAUAAGGUGGUCGAUUGUGAUGAUGACGAUGGAUCUGAUUUUGAGAAGAUGGAUGUAGAUCCGUUGCCGUCUCUGCAGCCGGCUGUUCCAGCUGUCCCACCUGUUGCCAACUUGCCGUAGUUGCCCGCGAGGACUCACCUGAGUUUGCAGAACCGGCAGGCUAUAUUCAACAGCAGCCGCAUUCUGAUGAAUUGUGAAUUUUCCAUUACUGAUUUGUUAUCCUUCAUGCCGUACAUUUUUGCCAGAAUUUGAUGAUCUGUCAUUUCGUUUUUGAUCUUAAUUUGCAUAUUAGCUGGCCAAACUUUGUGAUUUGUUUUUGAUCGGUAGCCUUCAUUGUACAAUUUAAGGCAUUUUGCGUUUAUUUUCAUCCAAUUUUUAUUUUUCAAUUUUACGCGCUCUGAGUCAAUGAACUGGUCGUUUGGUAUUUUCUAUCCGCGCUGUAGCUAUCAAUGAUCAAUCUUUCGUUGU